AUGACCACGAAAAAGAUGAAGCCUGUUAGCUAUAACUAUGAGAAUUCAAUACUGUGCGACAUACUGAGCAGACUCCCAUUGAAAUCGCUUAUGCGUUUCAAAUGCGUAAGCAAAUCUUGGCAAUCCUUGAUCGAAAAAGAUCAGUGCUUGGUUGAAUUACAACAUCGGCGCCAAUCACAUGUAAGUCCACGUCUCUUCAUGAUUCUAUUUCCAUUAAAUUCGAGAGCCCCCACUGGAUUUGAGACUUGGACAGCAAAUUUGUUCAUAGACAGAAACAAAGAAAAAAUAACCAUUGAAGCCAUAUCGAGGAAAGUUGAUUUGUCGGUUGUAAAGCAAGUAAAAAGACUCAUCAACGGUAUGAUCUGUUUACUCGACCAAAGAGAAGGUAAAAUCAGUAUAGGUGAUGAAUAUGAAGAUCAUGCUGCAUGUCUAUACAAUGCCAUCACCCAAGAAGUAACACCCUGGAUCAGAUCAACUUAUUUAACACGAGUAAAGCGACGGUGUAACAUAUCGAAAGCAAAUGUGUCUCGUGUUUUUGAAUUUGGAUUUGAUCCCAACACCAAAGAAUACAAAGUGAUUUGUAUGUGGUGCAUAGCUGGAAACGAUCUUCGGAAAUUUGAAGGAUGCGGGGAGUACAAAAUUCCUGUAAGCAACAUAGGGUAUAAGAGGUAUUACAGUAUGUGCGAGAUCUUGACUAUAGGCAAGGACACUGCGUGGAGAAGGAUCGAUAAGAUACCUCCGUCACCUUGUAUAGGAAAACAUGGUUCUGUUUAUGCGAAUGGUUCCAUAUAUUGGAUGUGUUUAGAGAAAAGUCGUUACAUACUAGUGGCAUUUGAUGUUGGAAGUGAGGAGUGCAGAGUUAUGCCAGUCCUUGAUUUCAUUGGCAACUACGAAACUAAUUAUAUGCUAGAUCCUAAUUCUGAUCCAAUACAUCUUAUGGAAGUGGAUGGGCAUCUAGCUAUAGAAAAGUACACAGGUAAUCACACUGUUAACCUGUGGAUACUUGAUAAUGACUGCGAAAAAAACAUUAGUACCAGAAAUAGUAAGAACAUCCAUUAUUGUAGGAACAUCCAUUGGACUAAAGAGAUUAUCAUGUUACCUCUUCAUUGGAGAUUUCGGAAUAUUCGGUUUCACGCCAUCGUGGGAACAGAGUACUUAAUUUCACAAGGCACUUUUUCUAAUGAACGACAGCCUCUUUUUAUUCAUUCUUACAAUAGGAAGAAGAAGACUUUCAGCAAGAUUAUAAUUACUGGUGAUGGAAGACCCUCAUCCUCCUUCAUUGCAUAUAUUGGUCAUCCCUUAAGCAUGUUUACACCAUAUGUUGAAAGUCUAUUGACACUUCAGAGCAGUUAUAGGCCAGCAACCAGAGGCACCUAA